AUGCUUUCUUCUUUCUUUUCUCUCAUUAAAGCUUUCUUUCUCAAUAAAGCUUUCUUUCUUUUUUCUCUAACGUCUUCUCAACAUGAUUUUCCUCUUUUUCUUUUAUUCUUCUUCUUUACAAUCUCUUUUUUUAUUACUAUAAUUCCUCUUUCUCUCUUCUUCAGGAACACGUUUUGUUUUAUUAUUUUCGCUUUCAUUUAUCCUUCUUCGAUAAAUGAUUCUUAUUAUGCUUCGUUUAAUAUUUUUCUUUUUUUUUUGUUUUUGUCUGUCCUUCUUUCUUUUUCGUUCAUUUUUAUGUCUGCCUUUCUUUCUUUUUGUUUUGCCGUCUGCCUUUCUUUCUUUAUUUCUUCCCUACCUUCUUUCUUUCUUUUUUAUUCUUUCUUUCUUUCUUUCUUUCUUUCUUUCUUUCUUUCUUUCUUUCUUUCAGGACAUCUUGAUAUCAUAUUAAUUCCCCUCUGUCUUUCUUUUGUCUUGACAUCUUAA